AUGUCGAUCAGAUGUAAGCCGUUGCAAGCCACUUUCACAGCGCAGGUUAGCCCCAAGUUUCCGCUUCGCGAAUACAUUCCCUAUUAUGGUACAUUCAGAUUAGUGGAUAACCGUGAGGAGCACCAAGAUUCACUGCAAGAAUUCUCCGAUCCAGACACGAAAUUCCAGUUGGAUAAACUGGAUACCUGCCUAGGUACAGGACAACCUGGUCCACAAUACGGCUACAUUGUUGUUUUGCAGCAAUGCGUUCACGGCCAGCAUUCCAAAGCAGAACGCAAAAUCGGAACCUAUGAGAACCAGGGAAGAGAGAUGAAUAACAAGGAAAGAAAAUCUGACGGCAAAGAAGCCGACGAAGCUAUCGAAAGACCAGGAACAUCAUGGGGGGAAUCAGACAGUGCCGAAGCACUCUUCCUCCAAACACGGGAUAAUAUUACGUUCGAGAGAGCGGGACUCAUUCAGUUCGGAGGUUCCAAUGCAGUCGGUCGGAUCCUCGAAGCGCAUUGCAUCGCAGAAGAGAGGGUGAUUACGCUGGUCUGA